AUGGCUCGUAUGCCAACAGCAGUCGUGGAUGUAGGAACUGGAUAUACGAAACUAGGUUUUGCUGGCAAUUCUGAACCGCAGUUUAUUUUUCCAUCGCAGAUUGCUGUUAGAGAACAAGCUGGUGUCACAAACACGCGAACGUAUAAGGGCGUCGAUGAUUUAGACUUUUUCAUCGGUGACGAUGCAACAGACCGUCCAAACUACGCAUCAAAAUGGCCACUGAGGCAUGGAAUUAUCGAAGAUUGGGAUCUGUACGAGCGUUUUAUGGAACAAAUCAUCUUCAAAUAUCUCCGGGCUGAGCCUGAAGAUCAUUACUUUCUUCUAACCGAGCCGCCACUGAACCCGCCAGAAAAUCGAGAGUAUCUGGCAGAAAUCAUGUUUGAGAGUUUCAACGUCCCGGGAAUGUAUAUUGCAGUCCAAGCUGUUUUGGCUCUCGCCGCCUCUUGGACUGCCAGACAGAGUGGAGAACGAUGCCUGACAGGCACUGUUGUUGACUCUGGAGAUGGAGUCACUCACGUUAUCCCAGUUGCCGAGGGUUACGUUAUUGGAUCGUGUAUCAAACACAUCCCAAUCGCCGGCCGAGACAUCACGCAUUUUAUCCAGAACUUGAUAAAAGACAGAGAAUUCGGAGUUCCACCAGAGCAGUCUUUUGAAGUCGCCAAGGCAAUCAAAGAGCGAUUUUGCUACGUCUGUCCAGAUAUCGCCAAGGAGUUCAGAAAAUACGAAACUGAUGUCGUCAAGUGGGUCAAGAACUACACCGGAUUCAACAAUAUCACAAAGAAAAAGUUUGAAAUCGACGUUGGUCAUGAGCGAUUCAUGGGGCCAGAAAUCUUUUUCCAUCCAGAAUUUGCUAAUCCUGACUUUACCACAUCUAUCAGUGAUGUUGUGGACGAUGUCAUUGCAAACUGCCCAAUCGACACAAGAAGACCUCUUUAUGGAAAUAUUGUUCUCUCUGGCGGAUCAACGAUGUUUAAAGAUUUCGGCAGGCGCCUUCAAAGAGAUGUGAAUAAACUCAUCAACAACAGAAUCAAGUUAUCAGAAGAACUUUCCGGUGGCAAAAUGAAGGCCAAAGAAAUGAAAGUCGAGGUUAUUUCUCAUCCAAUGCAGAGAUAUGCCGUUUGGUUUGGAGGAUCUCUUCUUGGAGCCACUCCCGAAUUUGGGACCUUUUGCAGGACAAAAGCUCAAUACGAAGAGUACGGGCCGUCAAUUUGCAGACAUAAUCCAGUCUUUGGCUCAAUGUUUUAA